AUGAGCUGUAACGACAAGAACGAUGGUAUCUCGAAGGAGGAAUGGCAAAGCCGUCUCGAAACAUUUCCAUUCAAGCAGGACGAUAUUAACAAAUUGAUUAUGAACUACUUAGUUACUGAGGGAUUUAAAGAGGCAGCAGAAAAGUUUCAGGCGGAAUCCGGUGUUGUACCGUCGGUGGAUCUGAACUCGUUGGAUAACAGGAUACUGAUACGGGAAGCGGUCCAGAAUGGCUUCAUACAGGAGGCGACCCACCUGGUCAACCAGUUGCAUCCGGAACUGCUCGAUAACGAUCGCUAUCUAUAUUUCCAUCUUCAGCAGCUUCAUCUGAUCGAGCUGAUUCGUGCUGGGAAGAUUGAGGAAGCGCUUACGUUCGCCCAAACGCAAAUCUCCGAAGCAGGCGAAAGUAACCCGGAAGUGUUGAACGAACUCGAGCGCACACUUGCGCUGCUUGCGUUCGAGAAACCCCAGCACAGCCCGUUCGCGGACCUGCUCGAUCAUACCCACCGUCAGAAGGUGGCCAGCGAGCUGAACGCGGCAAUCCUCAAGACUGAACAGCAGGAACAGUCGAGCCCACGCAUGAUCAAUAUCCUCAAGCUAAUACUGUGGGCGCAAACCGAGCUAGACAAAAAGAACGUCAAGUAUCCGAAGAUGAUGGAUCUGGCUUCGGGCACUAUCGAGCCAAAGUAG